UUUCAACUAUAAAACUAGUGGGGACCCAGUAGCCCCCAGUCCUACUUGACCAGCUACAAUCAGAGGCCAUCAGCAAGCAGGUCAUUGUCCCAUCAUGGCCCUGUGGAUGCGCCUUCUGCCCCUGCUGGCCCUGCUGGUCCUCUGGGAACCCAACCCUGCCCAGGCUUUUGUCAACCAGCACCUUUGUGGUUCCCACCUUGUGGAGGCGCUCUACUUGGUAUGUGGGGAGCGUGGCUUCUUCUACACACCCAAGUCACGACGUGGAGUAGAGGACCCACAAGUGGCACAACUGGAGCUGGGUGGAGGCCCCGGAGCAGAUGACCUCCAGACCUUGGCGCUGGAGGUCGCCCAGCAGAAACGCGGCAUUGUGGAUCAGUGCUGCACCAGCAUCUGCUCGCUCUACCAGCUGGAGAACUACUGCAACUAGGCCCCGCCGCCACCCAGCCCUUGUCCUCACUUUCCUGCAAUGAAUAAAAUCUCUGAAGGAGCAUUA